AGCAUAAAUCUUCUAACUGGACGGAAAGAUGUCAACGUACUCUGACCACGAUGUGACCAGACGCCCCAGCAAUAUCCGCCAUCAGGUGUGCAACUUAGCUGCUGCCAUCGUGGGUUGGAUCCUGGCCACCAUCUCCACGGACAUGGCAGAGUGGAGAGACUGGAGUCUGAGCACCCCGGUGUCACCCUCCAAUCUAGUCUACGUGGGCAUGUGGCAGGUGUGUUUUCACCACAACAUCAGCAGAGUCUGGUUUUGUCACCAUUACACCUUACAUGAACACUACCUCCCGCUUGACAUCCGCAUGGCUCAACAUCUCCUGGUGGUUGCCAGCCUUCUAGGGCUCCUGGGGAAAGCCUCCACCAUCUUUAUCAUUAGAAAUCUACUGAAAGGAAACCUUCAGAGGAACGCCACCUGA